ACUCUCCUCUCUCCCCCCUCAGACUGUUCGGCACCAAGUGUUCACGAUGCGGCCUGGGCUUCUGCCGAGAGGACGUGGUGAUGCGGCCCACAAAGUCCACAGUCUACCACCUCAACUGCUUCAGAUGCAUCGUCUGCAACAAACCGCUGGUCACAGGCGACGAGUUCGCCAUCAGGGAAGACGGACUUUUCUGUCGGGCUGACCAUGACGUCAUCGAUCGGUCAGCGACCGGGUCCCCGUGUCAGGACAUCGGCAGCCCGGGCAGCGCGUACGGCUCCAACAACAACAGCAGCAGCGCCUGCAACAACAACAACAAUAACAAUAAUAAUAACAAUAACAACAAUAACAACAACAACGCUGUCAAUAAUCAGAACAGUAACAACAAUAAUAACAACAACAGCUCCAGCAACGGUGGGAAGGAUUCGGAUAACAAGAAAACCGGCCGGGGAGACAAAUCAGGCCGAGGUAACCACAAAUCAGACCACAAAACCACCAGGGUUCGAACCGUGCUCAACGAGAAACAGCUGCACACGCUUCGAACCUGCUACAACGCCAACCCCAGGCCGGACGCGCUAAUGAAGGAGCAGCUCACAGAGAUGACUGGGCUCAGUCCCAGAGUGAUUCGGGUUUGGUUCCAGAACAAACGCUGCAAGGAUAAAAAGCGAUCAAUCCUCAUGAAGCAGAUACAGCAGCAACAAGAAAAGAACGGCGGAGGUCUAAGUCGUCCCCUGCAGGGUGUGCCUAUGGUAGCGUCCAGCCCCGUGCGCCAUGAGCCGCCUGCCGGGAUGCAGGGCAACCCCGUGGAGGUUCAGAGUUACCAGACGCCAUGGAAGGCGUUGUCCGAGUUCGCCAUGCAGGGAGACAUGGACCAGCCUCACGCGCCCUUCCAGCAAUUGGUGAGCAACAGCAGCAUCAACAGCAACAUCCUCCACCACCACCACCCUCCUCAACAUAUCAGUAUUGACAACAGUAACGGCACUUUUCUAUCUCAACCUCCAGCUGAGCUUAAUAAUUUCAACUUCCUAGGCUAUGGCCACCAUCCUAGUCAUAAUAACUUCUUCGAUAACUGUUGCCAACCCCAGCCUUUAACGCUGCAGCAGCAGCAACAGCAGCAGCGACACCGUCAAUUCCAGGCUAACCUACACGACCAUCACCUUCCCAGCGAGCAGCUACACUCCAAAUGCCAAAACGUCAACGAAAACGACGAUGAUGUUGACGAUAGCAGCACGAUGACGAUGGAUGAGGAAGACGAUACGGUGGUUUAUCUAGAGGAUCAAUGAUGCUAGUCUUUCAAAUAUGUCCUCUUUUGACCAUAUGGACCCAGGCAUGCCCAGCCCGCCCCCUCACGGCGAUAUGAUGAUGCACCCUGGUCUGGGCGGGUCCCC